AUGAGCAGAAUGCUUGCAAAAAGUGCGCGGGUGGUGGGCCAAAACCUCGCCACCAAGUCGAGGAGCCGGCUUGCUCAUACCGAGGCCUUGAAAGGAACGGACUUUUCGGUACAUCGAGAAAGCGAGGCUCAGGCUUUGUUCAAAACCACAGAUGAUCCGUUAUAUAGGCAGAUAGUGAGUGGACUGAGGCUUCCACGCAAAAAGGUGAGCAUAGGAAAGGAUCCCACAAACUACUUCUCGACGCCUCAUGACAAUGUGCCCAGGGAUGUGACCGAAGGACUAAGCGCUAGACUUUGGGUCUUGUUUGAAGCUUGUGUUGUGACAGAUCUUCCCAGAGCCUUUCAGUUGAUGAAAGCGAUCAGAGAUGAAGCCCCACAGCUCACAGACGAAGCUAUAUUCCAGUACUUGAAUGCCUUCAGUGAAAAUCAGGACCGCACUCUCCAGGAGAUUGAUACCGCUGUUUCCUCCAUAAAAUCGAAUUUCCCAUCCUACUACAGAAAUGCGAAGGCUUAUGCUGUGUUGCUGCGGGCUUAUAUGGACAGAGAAGCGCCUCUGAAUCAUUGCGAUCAGCUACUGUCCAGUUACCAUGGUCACAUCAGCAGUGUGUUCAAAUUUCCGGAUGUGAUUGGGGCAGCGAACAUUCUGGCCUUGGUGAAACACAAAAGGCAAUACGUAACGUUUUUUUCCACGGACGACCAACCGUUUUUGAUGCAAGCUCUUUCAGAGGCCGAAGGACUGGAAAAGCAGGCUGCGGAGGAGCAGCCAAUCACGAUGAAAGCCGAGGAGAAGUUGGAAGGGGAACCAAACGCAGACUCCUCUUCUCCCGCUGAACUCAAUCCAGUGUCUUCAGCAAACCUCAAGUUUAUCAAGAGAUCUUUAGAAGCUUUGGAAGGCAAAGGCACGGAGUCUUUUGCAAAGGAGUUGAUGUCCCAACUCACGAACGAGGACGCCGUUCCCUUCAUGCAGAAUGAGAACCAAAAUAUCAACUUCUUCGAGCUGAGGAACUCGUUACCAGAAGAUGCACAACAAAAAUUUGACGAGGUGUUAGAGUAUCACAAUCAACGCAGAGAGCAGUUGUUAGAGCUGCGCGUGCUGGAUAGUUCUCAGCAGAAGUGGAAGCAUAGUUACGAUCAACUCAGAGGCGCCAAUGCAGCCGUUCCCAAGGAACUGAGUAGCUACCUCUGGGAAUGGCACACUAAGCUAGUUCCUCUUAUCAAGCAAGAAAUUGAGGCAUACAAGAAGAUGACUCUUGAUGACAUGGAAAACAACUUUAAGAGCUCGGGUCCUUCUCACAGAAAGAACAGAUUGGAAAGGGCAUUUGGGCCCUACCUGUGUUUGCUCAAGCCUGAAAAGUUGGCAACUAUUGCUAUCUUGGAGCUGGUAAAAUUGACUGCAAGUGUUGGUCUGGAGCAGGGUGUUCAUACAUCCCGAGCUGUGGUCCAGGUAGGACGUGCAGUGGAGUUGGAAUUUAGGUCUGAACAGCUGCAGAAGGUAUUGCAGCCACAAGGGUUUAAUAUGAGCAAGAACAGUCAGGAUUUUAAAAAGCUUGUGACAAAAAGUAUGCCUCGUGUGUUGAAGAGACUGAGAGCCAGUGGGAACCAUUUCGAUGAAGACGAGAAGAUGUUCUGGACCCAGGAAAUCAGAUGUCAAGUUGGGUCAGCUCUCAUAACGCCUUUGAUCGAAGUGGCCAAGAUUGUUGUCACGGGAAAAGACCCUUUGACGAACGAGGUGAAGAAGGGUGUUAUUCCGGCCUUUUACCAUACCUACGAAUACGUUGGAGGGUUGAAGGUUGGUCUGAUUAGAUGUCACAGUCAAAUAACAGAUAGUCUUAGUCAGGAGAAUAUCAGAGAAGCCAUCUCACCACAACAAUUGCCGAUGCUCGUUCAGCCUCGUCCAUGGACUACUCAUGCUUCUGGAGGAUAUCUGUUUUCCAGAUCCUCCAUUCUUCGCACCAAAAAUUCUCACGAACAGUAUGCCUACGUGAAAGCGGCUAGCAAAAGAGGCGAUCUUGAUAAGGUCUUCAAAGGGUUGAAUGUUUUGGGAAAUACGCAAUGGACUCCAAACAAACGUAUUCUGGAGAUCGUCACCCAGGUGUGGAAUUCAGGCGAGGAGAUGCUGGAAAUUCCAGCCCAUAUCUCUGAACUCAAAUUGCCUGAUCCUCCAAAAUUACCUGAAGGGACUGUUAUGGAUCCUCGUGAAGCUGCUGAUUGGAGAGCAAAACGAGUAGAAGCAGCAAAUAGAUUUGCUUCGAAUAGGAGUAUGCGUUGUGACUUGAACUACCGCCUCGAGAUUGCACGGGGAUUUUUGGGCGAGCGCAUUUAUUUCCCUCAUUCUCUGGAUUUUAGAGGAAGAACUUACCCAUUGUCGCCUCAUUUCAACCAUUUGGGAAACGAUUUGUCAAGAGGACUACUCAUUUUCUGGAAGGGUAGAAAGCUGGGUGAUAAUGGCCUGAGAUGGUUGAAGAUCCACCUGGCGAACAUGUUUGGUCUUGAUAAGGUUUCUCUCCAAGAAAGAGCUGAGUUCACCGAGAAGCAUCUUGAGGAUAUUAGAGAUUCUGCAAGAGAUCCACUUGGAGGCCAGCGGUGGUGGAUGAAGGCUGACAAACCAUGGCAAGCAUUGGCUACGUGUUUUGAGCUGGAAGCAGCAUUCAAUCUGGAAGAUCCUACUCAAUUUAUUUCGCAUCAACCGGUCCACCAGGAUGGUACCUGCAAUGGCCUGCAGCAUUAUGCAGCUCUGGGUGGUGAUUAUGAGGGUGCGGCUCAAGUGAACCUUAUACCUGCUGACAGACCAAAGGACAUCUACACCCAUGUGGCACAUCAAGUGACCGAAAGACUUAAAAAGGAGGCAGCCGAAGGAGAUGAAGUGGCCAAUAUUCUAAAGGAUCUUAUUGCGAGAAAAGUGGUCAAACAAACUGUGAUGACGAACGUCUAUGGAGUCACCUACAUGGGUGCUUCCCAGCAGAUCGCCAGGAGACUAGAAGAUUUGGGGUUUUCCAAAGAUGAUGCCAAGUUACAUUCCAGAUAUCUGGCCAGAAGAGUUUUCGAUGCCGUUAGACAGCUUUUCCAUGGUGCCCAUCUGAUUCAAGACUGGUUGGCUGCCAGUGCAGACAGGAUAUCCAAGCUCAUCAGGGUUGACAUGAAUGACGACGAGAUCCUGAGCGACAAUCAGAUUUGUCGGUCGAGUGUAAUCUGGACUUCUCCAUUGGGUUUGCCAAUUGUGCAGCCAUAUCGUCAAAAGAGAAAGAAGCAAGUUGAAACCAAUUUGCAAACAGUUUACAUCACCGACCCCUAUGAAAUCCACGAGGUGGAUCGCAGAAAGCAGAUUGCUGCGUUUCCUCCAAAUUUUGUCCACUCUCUGGAUGCCACGCACAUGCUGAAAACCGCUGUUGCUUGUGCCGAGAAGAAUAUAAGUUUCGCGUCUGUUCAUGACUCUUUCUGGACACAUGCUGCUGAUGUCGACGUCAUGAACAAGGCCAUCAGAGAGGAAUUCAGCAGUAUGCAUGAGACCAAUUUGGUUGCUGGACUCAAAAAAGAGUUUGAGGUGAGAUAUGAAGGUUUUGUAUACUGGCAGAGGAUCACCAAACAGUCUCCUCUGGCUAAAAAAGUUGCUAGAUUGAGAGAGAAGCUGAGCGAGGAGCUUGGAAGACCUUGCACGUUUGAGGAUGAGAUCAAUCUCGAGCGUAAGCGCAGACAGUUUUUGAAGGACCCAGAUCCAAAGGUUCGCGAAUCCGCCAGGUCAUGGUUGACUACAAUUCAGGUUGCUGGAGAUGAAGAGAUUGUUCCAAUUAAAGUUGGUGGAGUCAAUGUGUUAGUUCCAUUCAAGCUGGACGACAUUCCCCCAAGAGGAGACUUCAAAGCCAGCGAGGUGAUGAACAGUACCUACUUCUUCUCCUGA